GCGCCGCGCCCGCCGCUCCCGCCCCGCUCCCCCGGCACCGCCGCGACCCCCGGCACCCCCCGAUCCUCCUCACAAGCCCCCCCGCCGCCAGCCCUCCCCCUCGCACCGCCAUGGCCGACGAGCUCGACUUCACCACGGGCGAUGCCGGCGCCUCCUCCACCUACCCCAUGCAGUGCUCGGCGCUGCGCAAGAACGGCUUCGUGGUGCUCAAGGGGCGCCCCUGCAAGAUCGUGGAGAUGUCCACCUCCAAGACCGGCAAGCACGGCCACGCCAAGGUCCAUUUGGUUGGUAUUGAUAUCUUCACUGGUAAAAAAUAUGAAGAUAUUUGCCCAUCCACUCAUAACAUGGAUGUCCCAAAUAUCAAGAGGAAUGAUUACCAGCUGAUAGGCAUUCAGGAUGGGUAUCUCUCCCUGCUGACAGAAAGUGGUGAAGUUCGUGAGGAUCUAAAGUUGCCAGAAGGGGAUCUUGGCAAAGAAAUAGAAGGAAAAUUCAAUGCCAAUGAAGAUGUGCAGAUAUCUGUCAUAAGUGCAAUGAAUGAAGAAUGUGCUGUAGCCAUAAAGCCUUGCAAGUAAAGGAGAUCGCCAGGCUCGGGCACCUGCUCAGGUCUGGACAAACCACAGAUCUAUAAAUUUGGUCCUUAUUGUCACCAAAGCUCUGGCCUUCACAAGCAACCUCAUUUCCUUUUUGAAUUGUUAAAAAGCAGUGCUGGAUUCUGGAUUAGUGUUGCAGGCUAACUGGCAGUUUUCAAAAUCACUGAGAUUUUAAUUCCUUAAUUGUAACUAUUUUAACAUUCCUGUGGGUUUCAGCUAUGGAUCUAAGAAACCAAUCAGGUGUUACUAGUGGAUAUAUUUUUAUUUGCUUGAGCAAAACAGUGUUUGUCUGUAUGAACAGACAAAAUACAGUAUUCAGGGGCUUUUAGAUAAGCUGGUAGGUAUCUAGGAUUAUAAAGUGACCUAGAGCACAAAUAGUAUUUUUCUUGACAUCUUUAGGUAGAACUGACAAUAAAAGUAGCUUUUUUUUUUUUCCUUUUUUUAAAGCUUAAGUACUUUGUGGAUUGGGACUCUUGCAGAACUGUAGGUGCCAAUCACAACUUUUAGACCAAGAAACUCAAGUGAUCAGAAAUGCCAGCUGGCUUGACCAAGCCCCAGUGGCCAUGUGCAACUAAACUGUAUUACCUCUGUUUUCUUCUUUGCCAACUUGUUGGCUUAUUGUAACGAUAAAAUGGUUUAAAAAAAAAGCCUACCUGUGGUUUAGGCAGGCCUUUGGAAUAUUGAGUGGAUAAGACAUAGAUAGGUCAAGGGGACACAAAGGUGAGAAUGGAUGUUAAAGCUAUAGACUUUCACUCGAGGCCUUUGUCAGACUUGAAAAAUAAAAUAGAAAAAUGCAGUUCAA